AUGGACACAGAAUUGCAAGAAACUCUCAUUUGCAUAGAAAUGGGGAGAAUAUUUUUCCUAGAAGCUGCAUGUCAAGACCCAGAAGAAAGAGGCAUUUCUUAAUAAUGAUUAAUCAGCAACAUCUCAAAGAAGAAAGAAAACCAAGGAAAUGAAAUGCUAGAAUUAAGGGGAAAAAAAUGAUCAUCCAAAGGCGGACCCACCCCGUAAACCUGACAACAUUUCCUCUUAUCCACCUGUAUAAAAGUGACCAGCCCUUUCCAAAUGACAACGAGCCCCAAGAGAGAAGACUCGAGGAGCAGCUCAGCAAGCAUCCGAGGGGAGGACAUGAAGGUGCAGUGCGUUUCCCUCUGCCUUCUGGGCACGAUGCUCCUCCUGGGCUCAGUUUGUGCCCGAAGUCUCAGGAGAUGUCUGAUUUCCAUGGACACGCACCAUAUAAAAGAGACUUUUCGAGGAAUCAAAAGAGCCAUACAAGCUAAGGACACCUUCCAAAAUGUCACGAUCCUGUCCACAUCGGAGACCCUGCACGGCAUUAAGCCCUUAGACAUAUGCUGCGUGACCAAGAACCUUCUGGCAUUCUACGUGGACAGGGUGUUCAAAGACCAUGAGGAGUCGAAUCCCCAAAUCUUGAGAAACCUCAGCAGCAUUGCCAAUUCUUUCCUCUACAUGCAGAAGACUCUGCAGGGAUGUCAGGACAAGAGGCUGUGUCGCUGCAGGGAGGAGGCCACCAAUAAAACCAGAGUCAUCCACGAUAUCUAUGAUCAGCUGGAGGCCCGAUCUGCUGCCAUUAAGUCUCUGGGAGAGCUUGAUGUCUUUCUAGCCUGGAUUGACAGGAAUCAUCAUCAAGAAACUUCUGCUACUGAUGACAAGAAAUCUGUCUAAUUAUCCAGGGAAGAACAUCCUUGUGAGGUUUCUUGUGGGAGACAUGCUGACUUUGAAGGAAGACUCCCAUUUUGAUGGAAAUUGGGAGCCUUUCUGAAGAAACCUCUGCCCUGGGGCUAGGGCAUUAUAUGGAAAUAUCUGGAUUUGAACGAAUCUUCCUCUGUAGCUGAAAAUUCCCCAGACUGGUCUCAGGCUAUCUGAUCCCACCCGAAAGUAGUCCAAUAGUAGAUUGUUACACUCAUAAGGGAACAGGUCUGUUGAAAGGUCCUGUUGGCUGUCCUGGAAUGAAAGGGUUGGCGCCCUUAAUUUAUUGUGAAGUUGUUUAUCCCAUGUCUGUGAUGUGAGCU